GUUUUUGAUGAUACAUUAGAUCGCGUUGGUCGUGUUGUUUGAUUAUUAUAUUACAGUUGAAACUCAUCUAAUUUUGCUUUAAUUUUUUAUUUGUAUUUUUUUUAUUUUUGUAUCAUUUUUAUUUAUACUAUUAUAUUUUGGUGCUAUUAUAACUUGUGUGAAAGAUAGAAUAUAGGCUUUCUUUCACCUCACCGCUGACCACGGAUCUCUGCUAAAUACGAUUCAAUGGCUUAUGUGAAGGAGGCCUUUUCGAGUGCCUGCAACAUUUGGGAAGCGAUUCACAAUGAUCCGUUUAAUUGGAAUCUUUUUAAAAGCUUAACUUUUUUCUUUUUAGGAUUGAAACUGUUUCAUGAUAUGGCCCGCAAUGCAAACAAAAUCUAGAAUUCUAAAUAUUUGUUUUAUUAAUAAAAUUAAUUACUUGAAAACUUUUAUUAUGCUUUGUAUUAAUUCUAAUUGAUUGAAAGAAUUAAUAUUUUCUCCAAUCAAGUACCGUGCUUCGUUAACACAACACAGUAAGUACACACUCAUUCGGCAUUAGAAUUAAUUUCCCGUCCUAAUGUUUCCCGAUUGAUUGGCUUAUGACAUGCCUUUCUUUAAACGAGGCUUGCGGACAUGACUCAGCGGCAGGCAGCGACUUGGCUGUGCCCCUGGCGUUACUGACAUCCAUGAGCGAUGACCGGUCACCGUCCUAGCUGAACCCGUCGUUUGCGACGAAGGGCUUGACGAGUAAAUUGACCCAUAGACACAGCCCACUGAGUUUCUCGCCGGAUCUUCUCAGUGGGUCGCGUUUCCGAUCCGGCGGUAGACUCUGCGAAGCACUGCCCUUGCUAGGGCCAGUGUUAGCAACACUCCGGUUUGAGCACCAUCACGUCUACCUACACGUCAAGGAGAAGCUGAAAUAGCCUCUCAAGGCUACCAGCAUAGGUAGGGGAAAAAAACGAGCGAUGGUAACAGCUCAUUAUUAAGAGAGCCGUGAGUUCGUAAAUAAAAAUGAUUACAGAAUUCCGAACUUAUAUUCUUAAAUAAACGCCUGAACGUUUUCGUUAAAUUGUCUUACUGACGGUGUCACCUAAAACACAACAAUAUGAACACCGCGGCUCAUUUUUAUAGACGAGAUCGAAAUUUUAUUUUCAUUGGGCUAACAGCUUUCCUGUCAUGCAGAUUUAGCGUCAGAAAUGGUUGGGAAGAUGGUAAAACCAGUUCAACUUCACGUCUUAACAGCUUCGCAUAUCAUAAUAGGCAUUUGAGAAAUGGAAGAGGUCAAGAUAAAAAUUAAAACGAGGAUUGAUCCUUCCUUCCCAACAAGAUCUAUAUUAUUAUCAUUAUGUAGCUAUCUUUAUUGUGGUCUGUUAUUUCUUUAUAAGAGAGAAAUAGCCCCAGUAUGUGACAAAAAAAAAAUUGUGUGUGUGUGUGUGUGUGUGCAAAAACCAAAACCAUUUACGAUCAAAUCAAAAGAAAUGUUAAAAAAAAAAUAUUUUAUAUGAUAUAAUAUGAUACCUACUUCACUGGCUGGUACUGAGGGAAUCCCGUAAAACCUUACAACAUUAUUAAUAAUAAAUCACGAAGAUACGCGAACUAUGUAGUUAAGAAAAAAAAAAAAAUUAUGAACUCAUUCUUAUAGUGAAAUCUAGUGGUUUGAAAGUAAAAUGCAUAUAGUAGAGGCCUUUUUGGGAGGAUCAUACCGCAUGUGCUAGUAGUAUAAGAAGUGUCGUGGUGUUCUCGACGUCCAUGAGUGACAUGGCCACAUAAGAUAAAGUAGGUCAUGACUCUAUCUUCAAUGAAGCUAAAUAUAUAAAAAAAUCAAAUCCAUUGGUUCCUAAAUCAUGAUAUAUAGUAGCAAACCCUAUCGCUUAGUUUGGCCGUAUUAAUAUUCCACAUCAGAUCGCACAGAAAUCCAUUUAAUUAAUAAACGAGUAAAUCCUUCAACAAGUCAUCAUUUGUUUAAGUUGCAAGCCGUCGAUCUGGCCUAUCUUGUCUUCACAUAACAGGUUUCGGAGUUUCAAUAACAAAUUCUCAAAUUUGUUUAUGAGCGGACGCGAGCAUAUCUAGUCCGAUAUUAGCAUUGUAGUUGACGCCAAUGGUGCGAAUGAGCUUACGAGGAAAAUCCUAUUGUAGGUUCAGACAAGUCGCGACCACUAUAAUUGAGGUACGCGUUAUACGUAGCUUCUACAUAAUGUACUAAAAUCGAUUUCGAGAAAACAUUAUUUAUUGAUAACCUUAAGUUUGUGGUCAGCGACAAAGUCAGGAUCGGCUAAGUGAGCUAUCAGUCGUGCGCUGUGCGUCCGCGGAACCGCUGUAUUCUGUACUUUUUAUUUAUUAUUAAAUUCAGUUAUUUUCGUUUUAAAAUGAGAAUCCCGUUCGAGAAGAUACGAAUCAUCAGCUGUAUACUUGUGGUCGUGUCGUCCAAUGUAGUCGGACAGAAAUGCAACGGCGGUGCCAACUGUAUACCUUUAGAAGAAUGCACAGACUUGUUCCAGCAACUAAAACAAGGAAAUUCGCCUCAGUUAACGAGGUUGCUGCGAGGCCUUCAUUGUGGCUUCGAAGAUUUGAAUUCCCCAAAGAUUUGCUGCCCGCCAGAAUUCUUGGCACGGAGGAGUGCUUUCAGCAGUGCCGGCACUAACUCGAAUCCUACGUCAAUAUUACCGAACGAAAAAGUCUGUGGUAUCCAAAAUAAUGACAGAAUAUUUGGAGGUAUACAAACUGAAAUCGACGAGCAUCCGUGGAUGGCGUUAUUGAGAUACGAUAAACCUCUUGGCUGGGGUUUCUACUGCGGAGGUGUGCUGAUCGCCCCGAUGUACGUUUUGACUGCCGCACACUGCGUCAAGGGAUCGGAUCUACCUUCGAGCUGGCAAUUAUCACAGGUUCGAUUGGGCGAAUGGAACACGUCUACCGAGACGGACUGCGUGGAGGGCGACUGUAGCGGCCCCGUCCAGGAUAUACCCGUACAACAAAUAAUUGCACAUGAAAAUUAUGAUCCAAACGACAAAGACCAGCAGAACGAUAUUGCCCUCUUGAGACUCUCAAGGAAUGCGCAGUUCAAUGAUUUCGUAAGUCCCAUUUGCCUACCGACAAGCAACGAGUUGAGGCAGAAUGAAUUUGAAAGUGACUAUAUGGAAGUAGCCGGAUGGGGAAAAACUGAAACACGAUCCGAAUCUGAUGUGAAACUAAAGGUUCGAGUGCCUAUAGUGAACAGAGAGGAGUGUGCUAACGUAUAUAGCAACGUGGAUCGGCGCGUGACUAAUAAACAAAUAUGCGCUGGCGGCUUGGCGGGCAGAGACUCCUGCCGAGGAGACUCAGGAGGCGCGCUAAUGGGCCAAUCGCCUAAGGCCAAUAAUUGGUACGUUUUCGGGGUGGUUUCCUACGGACCUUCGCCCUGUGGCACCGAAGGCUGGCCAGGUGUCUACACCAGAGUCGGAUCUUUUAUGGAUUGGAUUCUUUCCAAACUCGAACAGUAAUGACGAUAUAUACCUAAGUACUUUGGUAUUAACAAACUGUGAGUUUCGGUGAAGAAAACGGUCGUAGUGAUGUGAAUCUGUAAUUAGCGUGUAGUUUACAAUCAGUGCCAUGAAAUUGUCGUCUUUUUUAUUGUACGAUGACGUGGAACAUAAUUCCUCGCAACGUAGGUUGUGGAUAACAUUUAAGUCCGCCAGUCUGGGUCAUGAAAAUUCUUGAAGGUCGGCGCUAUUCGAGACAUAAUCGCAGAUUUGUACAGUGUGCUUAGUGCCAGUUUUUUAACGUUCUCGAUAGCGUAAAAGUUAACCCAAUUUUGUAUGCAGUUGGAACAGCGCCCCUAGCGGCAAACGUAGGCUAAUAUGAGCUAACUUUUACGCUAUCGAGAACGUUAAAAAACUCGCACUAAGCACACAGAUGUCAACGAACUGUGACGUUAUGCUAAAUGUGUUUACGUGAUUGGGACUGAGCGAAAUGAAUCUACCUAAAUAAAUUUUGGAAAUUCGUUAGUUUUAAAAUCAAUGCAGUAUAUUUCUGGUUUUAUUGUAGACAGUAUAAAGUUUAAAUUAGACAAAACUAGUUCGUAAAAAACGGGUUUUACCAUAACAAUAAACGUCGUUCAUCAUAGUAAUAUUAAAUUAUUAGACUCAGUGUUCGAAAAUAGAUUUCCUGAAUAAUAUUUCACAUUAACUAUUUACGUUUUAAAUUAUUUAUGUGGUUUUCCUUAUGUCAAUCAAGUUUUUUUUUGUUUGCUAAAAUGUACAUAACUAAGAUUUUAAAUAAUAAAAAAGCAAUUACUUAUAUUUAUUAUGUACUCGUUCGCCAAAUUCAUUUGUUAUUUUAGGCUGGUUGAUAUUCCAAUUAAGUCUCAGUAAAAAUCACAGUGUAUUUUUAUUAGUGUCAUAAAAAAACUUAAAGCGGAACCAUAAGCAGCCAUUAUCAACAGUCCGGAUGCUAUAUUGAAUAAUAAAAUUGAAAUAAAACAAAACACAUUAUUGUAUACUACAAAAAUUUUAUUUUUAAUAAAGUAUAAAUAUAUCAAUAAAUGUUUAUUAAACCUAAA